CCUUGGUAGCGUUGCCCGAAUUCUUUGGUGUAUUUUCCUGUGUAACUACAUUUGGGAGCACAGGUAGUAUUACGCCUCCUAAGCUGUGACCUCAAGUAUUUUUAGAUAGCGAACAACGAAACAUGAGAAGGAUUGUGGUAGGCUCGGUUCGGCUUUUGCAUUCCGCAGCAGCGGCGGGCGUCGGCGAUGCUAGCCGACGAGCAGGCUUAGGCUCAGGCGUUUGUAAACUGCGGGCAGCAAGCCGCUGGCAGUUGCCUGCGCAAGAUGCCGACAAGCAUUAUUCAUUACCUGGAUUCCACUCGGCACACACAUCUGCUGUGGAGCCAGUAGACCCCUCACCACCUGGAGAGACGACCCCACAUCGGCACCAUCCCGCGCCGACUCCUGCGGAAACAGGAGGGCCCCUUGCAAAGUAUGGUGCGGGCUUGCAAGCCGGAUACUAUCGACCUGAUCCUCGUCAGAAGCUUACGAUACAAAUGCUGCAGGAGCUCUAUGACGCGUUGCAAAAGGCAAGUGCGUCGCACCAGUUGCCAGGUCAGCAAUCCCAGCGAUCCCGGCGACGACCGUCUGGCCUCACAAUGGUUGACCACGUAGGCGGCGAGGAGGAAGCCUCGGAAAGCGGCCGGGAAGCAACAACCAGCAGCAGCAGCGGGUUUUCCUGGCUGACUAAGAGCCUUGGGCGUGCGUUUGGCGGUGGCGGGAAAGGCAGCAGCGGCAACGGCGGGAGUAAAGGAUCGGCGGGUGGCGAGGGGGAGUCCUCGGAGCCGCCAGUACGGGGCCUGUACAUGUACGGCGGAGUGGGGGUCGGCAAGACCAUGCUGAUGGACCUGUUCGUGACCACGGCACCCACACACUUCAAGGUCCUCCGCACCCACUUCCACGACUUCAUGCUGGAGGUGCACGCCGCCUUGCGCCGCCACGCCCGCUCCGCCGACCCCCUCCUCAUGGUAGCCGACGGCAUCGCCUCCCGCGCCCGCGUCCUCGCCUUGGACGAGCUCUUUGUAACCGACGUGGCGGACGCCAUGAUCCUCAACCGCCUGUUCGGGCGGCUGUGGGACCGCGGCGUGGUGCUGCUGGCCACCAGCAACCGCCCGCCGGACGACCUGUACAAGGGCGGUCUGCAGCGCAACCUCUUCAUGCCCUUCAUUCACCGGCUCAAGGUGCAGUGCCGGGCGCAUGACAUGGAGAGCACUACGGACUACCGCCGCCUGGCGCAUCACCAACGCGGACUGUACUUCAUAACACCUCGGGGGUCUGCGUCCUCGUCAUCAUCCUCGUCACCGUCGUCGUCACCGUCUAGCAGCCAUGCAUCCUCAUCAGGCGCAUCCGCAACGUCCUCCUCCUCCUCUUUACCGGGCGGCGCCAGCACCAGCAGCAGCAGCAGCAGUGACCCGCUGAUGGAGCGGUUCCUGGAGCUGGCGGGGGAGGGGGCGGAGGCGCCCGCUCCUGCGCGGGUGGAGGUGAUGAUGGGGCGAUCGCUGGAGGUGCCUCUGGCUGCGGGCAAGGUGUGCAUGUUCCCCUUCCAGGAGCUCUGCGGUCGCCCGGUGGCCGCCGCGGACUACCUGGCACUCACGGGGGGCUACCACACGCUGGCGCUGCGGGGGGUGCCGGUGUUCGGGGCGCACAACCGCAGCGAGGCGUACCGCUUCGUGACGCUGAUUGACGUCAUGUAUGAGAACAGGACCCGGCUGCUGGUGACUGCCGACGCCGCCCCGGUCGACCUCUUCGACAACAUCCUCACCCAGUUUGACGCCGCCAAGAACCCAGCGCUGGCCGCCCGCCCCGACGCGGUGGUGGAUGACAAUCUGGGUUUCGCCAAGGACCGCACCAUCAGCCGGCUCACGGAGAUGCAGAGUGUGGAGUACCUGCUGCACCAUGCCAAGCAGCACGAGCCGGCGCUGGUGCUGGCGCUGCAGGAGCUCCAGGCGCAGCAGCGGAGUGCGGCGGAGGCGGCGGCGGUGGGGGCGGUGGGCGCUGCGGCGGCGACCGCAGGGCACUGAGGCCAUGCGUUGGAGGGCAAUGCUGGGGGUUUCUCUUCAAACAGCUGCUUUUUUGCUCGCUUUGGCGCAACGGGCAGCUGGGACGGCGGUCAUUGGCUCACUGGAGGACACACGGACUGUUUCACUCUUCCACUUCCUUCCACUUGAGCCGGUGGCCGCGGAAGCCGCUGUUUGUGUUUUUACCACCUCGGGAACUUCGGGAACUAGCAGGAGUGGUGAGCGUGUGGCGGGACGCUUGGUUGACACUUUCUUGGACACGCUUUUGCUUGACUUGGAUCGCACCGGUGAUCAGGCAGCCGCCCGGUCUGUGCUCGGUUGUGUUGGGAUGACGGCUUUUGCGUGUUGUGGCACUUAGGCAUUGUGGCGCGACUGGGCGCUGGGUGUGUGGAGGGCAGGCGGAGGAGGGUCCACUUACAAUUACAGUCUCUCUAUUAUAGCUUUGCCGAUAAACUGGACGUUACCGGUAGCCAUGCAAGUGAAAUGCGGUGCUGGUGCUGGUGCUGGCUGCUGGGGUGGUGCCCCGUGUGUCCUACGAGUGACGUAAGACGGUGGGGGGCAUCAAUUGUGAAGCCUCCCCCCGGUAUGUAUUUGGCGUUAAAGGUGGCCUCACAAGGUCGUUUACUCUUACUCGUGCCUGGGACGUGAGCAUGAAAACACAGUGCUCAUGUCGGGGCAGUGCCGGUGCCGGAACAUGCCGGAUGCCUUAUCACACGGUCAGUUAGACGUUUCCUCUUUACACCCUUGCUAAGUUACAACAACCCAGUAAGCACAAGCGCCAAAAUGCAUUCAGUCCAAGCCAUUGGCUCUCCGUUAGUCCUGUAUGUGAGGCGAACAGGGAUUGCAGUGAUCGGUGCUGCGUAGUGGUGUGCUAAGGAGUUGCAAGCAGUUGCUGUAACCGGUGAAUAAGCAAGGUGAUACAGCAAACGGUGCCUUAGUCGCGUGUAGGCUCUUUACGAGGGGCGCGAGCGUAACGAAUGUGUUGUUGUUUGCUGACGAGGUGGUGAGAGAGCGAGUCUGAAAGAGCUGCUGGGUUGGGCGUUGAUGGUCAUGCUCGUGGUGGAGCGGGAGAUGGGCGCAUGCGCGUGCAGGAUUGCGCAGCUUCGGGCCCUGAUGUUCUCCGUCCUAGCUACGGGACGGGAGAGGUUACCGGUAUCUAGCUGGCAUGGCAUGGGCAAUUGGGCAUGCUAUAUCGUUUGUAUGCCAACUGUAACAAGUUACGAAGUGUCAAGUGCUUUUGCUUACCGGUAUCCAAAGUCCAGGCACUAAUUACAUUACCGCCGUUGGCUACGUGGCGACUUAAUAGGUACCGAUAAUUGAGGGGUUAGAUCAUUGGCAGUAAGGGAGCAUGCUGAGGGUGAGCACUGUUUCCGUACUUUCUGCCUAUUACAGCAUUUGGCUGCGCUCAUGCCUUCUGUCAUGAUAAGGUCUCCAUAACGUCUCC